AUGGUUGAUAAGAAGAGAAUCUACUACAGCUACAAGAGCAUCGAGGCGUACGACAAGUACGAUGACAAUGUGAGGAAAAUCAUCCAAGAUGAUACCGACCAGGACAUCUGGAUCUGCAACCGAGCGCUACCUCCGACCUGCUACCCCCCGCCUCUCAGUGAGGAGUGCAUCAAAAAGCUGAAGGAGCUGAGUGAUGAUGUGAUUGUUCAUGAGAUUGAGGAUUAG